UUCUACGUGAUCAUUGAGUACGAUAUGUUGUUAGGACAGGACGUGCUCUUUAGUUUGUUCCUGCGAUAGCUGAAAUUUCAGUCUUAUAAAUUUUCAAGAUGGCUACUGUAGCUCGUUCAAUACUGCUGCUAAAUUUACUUCUAAUUGGACGCUCUUUGGCCCAUACCAUCAGCGGUGUUGACUCCAAAGAACCUCUUUACACAGGAUUGAGCUGUACAGGUGAACCUUUGGGUAUGGAGAGUGGACUAAUCCCAGAUGAUAGUAUAACUGCUUCCUCACACAUUAGCCGAUCUUUCGCUCCGAUAUAUGCCCGACUUAAUGUUGGCGACACAUUCUGGAUUCCUCAAUAUACAAUUGCCUCUUGGAUUCAAGUUGAUCUGGGACUGCCAAGUCCCGCUGUCACAGGACUGAUAGUACAGGGUCUAAGAGAUGCACAUGUUACAACUUUCAAUGUUCAAUACAGCGACGAUGGAGGCGCCGAGAGCUGGACUUAUUUGGUCGACACCGACGGAGAAACCAUACGGUUCGAUGGCAAUUACAAUGGAGAACAAAGGACUGUGAACUUCCCGGUGGUACAGCGGACAAGAUUUCUCAGAAUCCUGCCCCAAAGUUAUAACUUUCAGUCACCUUCACUGAAGUUUGAAGUUCUUGGGUGUCAAGUUACUUUUGAAGAUGAUGGCCUCGUCCGAUUAGUGGAAGGUGAUGACGAACUUAGUGGUCGAGUCGAGAUUGUUCAUGAAGGUAGUUGGGGCGCAGUUUGUGAUACCAACUGGGACUUCAAGGAUGCGACUGCUGUAUGCAGGCAGCUCGGAUUCGAAGAAGCAAGCAAGGCUAAGAUUGGAUCAUACUUUGGAGCGACAGAACUUCCCAUCGUGAUGGAUCGAGUCAACUGUAAAGGAACGGAGAAACAUCUAGCUGACUGUGCAUUUGUUUGUAUGGGUGAAGUGCAAACCUGUAAAAACACAGCUGGAGUGGUCUGUAAACCAAAUACUAUCCGGUUGGCUGGAGGUGGAAACAAGACAAGGGGACAAGUUGAGCUGUUCAAGAAUGACGCAUGGGGUGCAAUCUGCGAUACAGACUGGGAUAUCAUUGAUGCUGGGGUCGUCUGUCGACAGCUAGGCUUCUCUGGUGCCAAGGAGGCAAAGUCAGGUUCUUACUUUGGCGAACCAGAGGGCCCUAAGUACAUGCAAGGGGUUACAUGUAAUGGUACUGAGGCCAAGAUCACCGACUGCCCGUCGCUUUGCUGGGAUGCGCCGAAGUGUAGCAGCACAGAAACUGCUGGAGUUGUCUGUCUUUAAGCUUGGACUUCUACCCUCUCAUCACCUGAUCAGAAUUAAAGACAAAGUAAACCAUGGAAAAGGAUCAAUUAACUUUUCAACUACAGAUUAAAACAAGUUUGUUUUUCAAUUUGCUUGAUAUUAUGUGAAGCAGCACGAUCAACUCCCGGAGAGAACUUCAGCAAAAGUGUUUGUGACAGAGGAGAUAUUUCAAGUUUGAAUAAAGAAUUUCCUCCGUGUUUUUUUUUUUUUUUUGUAAUCAAAUUGUUCGAGAAUUUGCUGAGCAGAAAAAAACUCCAGCAAAACUAACAUCGAGUUCGACCGGAUAAACCUUUCUACUCAAGCUAGCUGGAUCCGUAUAGCUGGUAUCAAUAACCAGCUAAGCAGCGAUAUGCAAUGUUGCUAUUUAUGUGAGUUUGUAUUGUU